AUGUCUUGCUACGAGCAGUGCAAGCAGCCCUGCGUGCCCCCUCCCGUUUGCGUGCAGAAAUGCACCAAGUGCGUGGAGCCCUGCAAGACGGUGUGCGUGGAGCCCUGCGGCAACGUCUGCGUGAAGCCAUGCUCCACACCGUGCGUGGAGGUCUGCGCGACUCCCUGUGCCACCCAGUGCACCACCCAGUGCGUGGAGCCUUGUGCCACCCAGUGCACCACCUCCUGCACCACCCAGUGCGUGGAGCCUUGUGCCACCCAGUGCACCACCCAGUGCGUGGAGGCCUGCCCCCCUACGUGCGUUGAUGUCUGCGUAAAGCCAUGUGCCACUCAGUGCCAAACCCAGUGCACCACCCAGUGCGCGGAGCCCUGCAUCGCCCAGUGCCGCACCAAGUGCGUGGAGCCCCCAUGCGUGGAGGUGUGCGCCACCAAGUGCGUUGAUACCUGCGAGACGGUGUGCCUGGAGCCCUGCAACACGGGCUGCUCUCGCCGGUGCUGA